GUUGCCUGAAGCUCAGCAGAGGGUUGGAGGAUGUUUUCUAAAUUUGAUGCCACAAAUGAAAAGCUUAUACCUUGCAUACUGUGCCAACCAUCCAUCAGCAGUAAAUGUUCUCACAGAACACAGUGAGGACCUAGGAGAAUUCAUGGAGGUGAAAGGUGCCAACAGCCCUGGGAUCCUUGUACUGACCACAGGCCUCAGCAAACCUUUUAUGCGUCUGGAUAAAUACCCCACGUUACUCAAAGAACUUGAAAGGCACAUGGAGGAUUAUCAUCCAGAUCGUCCAGAUAUUCAAAAAUCCAUGACUGCCUUCAAAAAUCUUUCUGCACAAUGUCAAGAAGUACGGAAACGGAAAGAACUUGAGCUACAAAUACUGACGGAAGCUAUCCGUUGUUGGGAGGGAGAGGAUAUUAAAACACUUGGCAACGUGAUUUACAUGUCCCAGGUCAUGAUUCAGUGUGCGGGAAGUGAGGAAAAGAAUGAAAGGUAUCUUCUUCUCUUCCCUAACAUUUUGCUAAUGUUGUCUGCCAGCCCAAGAAUGAGUGGGUUUAUCUAUCAGGGAAAACUGCCAAUGACAGGAAUGACUAUCACAAAGCUAGAUGACAGUGAAAACCAUAAAAAUGCAUUUGAAAUAUCAGGAAAUAUGAUUGAAAGGAUACUAGUGUCUUGUAACAACCAACAAGACUUGCAUGAAUGGGUGGAUCACCUGCAGAAGCAAACCAAAGUCACAACUGUUGGGAAUCCCACCAUUAAACCUCACUCUGUGCCAUCUCAUACACUUCCUUCCCAUCCAGUAACACCCUCCAGCAAGCAUUCAGACAGCAAGCAAAUACCACUGACUCCUGCAUACCACACUCUCCCUCAUCCGUCACAUCAUGGGACUCCACAUACCACGAUAAACUGGGGGCCUCUGGAACCUCCGAAAACCCCCAAGCCUUGGAGUCUGAGCUGCUUACGGCCUGCACCUCCUUUACGGCCUUCAGCAGCUCUUUGUUAUAAAGAGGAUCUCAGUAAAAGCCCUAAAACCAUGAAAAAGCUGCUUCCCAAGCGCAAGCCAGAACGGAAGCCGUCAGAUGAAGAGUUUGCACUGAGAAAAAGUACAGCUGCUUUAGAAGAAGAUGCUCAAAUUCUUAAAGUCAUUGAAGCAUAUUGCACAAGUGCCAAAACACGUCAAACACUAAACUCAACAUGGCAAGGCACUGACCUGAUGCAUAAUCACGUCUUGGCUGAUGAUGACCAAUCAAGUCUAGACUCCUUGGGUCGUCGCAGUAGUCUUUCUCGUUUGGAGCCUUCAGACCUCUCAGAAGACUCUGACUAUGACAGUAUAUGGACAGCCCAUAGUUACAGAAUGGGGUCUACAUCUCGUUCCCGUAAAGAAUCAGCUCCUCAAGUCUUGCUUCCAGAAGAAGAAAAAAUUAUUGUAGAAGAAACUAAAAGUAAUGGUCAGACUGUUAUAGAAGAAAAAAGCCUUGUUGACACUGUAUACGCAUUAAAGGAUGAAGUACAGGAGCUAAGACAG